GGACUCACAGCUGCUGAGUGCUCGCUUCCGUGCUCAUCAAAAACUCAUCUUUAUUGCUUCUCAAGGUGCUUUAUAGCUUCGUUUGUGCCGAGUAGGCAAAUCUAUUAUUUACCAUGAAACUCACUCCUUUCUUCACUUUCUCAAUAUGGUUUCUCAUCCAAGGCCUCAUAGUUGAGGCCGGAAACAAUGAUAUGAAAAAGUACAUAAAAUCGUCAUCGUUGCUGACAUGUAUGGAAAACUCAGAAUUUAGUUCCAGCUAUUUUGAUGUCACCUUUUACCCUGACAACAGCACCGUUGUCAUCGACAUCGAUGGAAAUUCCCUUAUCAGUGGAUACGUUACCGCAGACUUGUCGCUUGUGGUUUACGGUUUGAACGUCUACUCUACCACAGUGGACUUAUGUUCUUUGGACUACGCAACACUGUGUCCAAUAUCCUCAGGAAGACUGAGUAUCAGUGGAUACAGUUACAAAAUUACAAGUGACAUGAUAAACAAAAUUCCGAGUAUUGCUUACACCAUUCCAGACCUGGACGCCUACGUCAAGGUUGUGGCGUACUCCACCAAUGACACUUCCAAGGACUCCCCGUUAGCAUGUGUGAAAGCCGUUUUGAGUAAUGGAAAGACCGUGCAAACAAGAUACGCCGGAUGGCCCAUAGCUAUCAUUUCCGGGUUUGGUCUGGUUGUUUCCUCAUUUGUUUCGAUUCUUGGGCAUUCCGCUACGGCUGCACACAUUGCCUCUAAUGCAGCGUCGUUAUUCAUUUACUUCCAAAACCUUGCUAUUAUGUCCAUGAUGGGUGUGGCUUUAGUGCCCCCUAUCGCUGCCUCUUGGGCUCAAAACUUCAUGUGGUCGUUGGGUAUCAUAAAGGUCAAAUUCAUGCAAAACAUCAUCUACUGGUAUGUGCAAGCAACUGGCGGAAGUGUUACAUCGAUUUUGCGCAGUAAAUCAGUUAUUUCGAUCUCUGUCCAGAAAAUGCUCAAACAUCUCAAACUUGUCAAGCGACUGAGUGUCGAAAGCUCGGAUUCUAUGUCCGACGUUUUGGACGACUCUGACCUUUACACGACAGACGAAUUCGACGUGGGUUCCAAGACGUUGAUUUUGAGGGGAGUCCAAAGAGUGGCAUAUUUGUCAGGCAUUGAAAUAUCGAACUUCUUCAUGACUGGUGUGAUCUUUUUCCUUUUUGUUGGAUUCGUGUUACUUGUUCUUACAUCUCUGUUUAAGGGGAUUUGCGAACUCAUGGCAAGGACCGGCACUAUCAAGGGCGACAAGCUGAUAGGUUUCAGAAAGAAUUACAGAUCAGUCAUUAAGGGAUGUCUGUACCGACUUUACAACAUUACGUUCCCAGCAUUGACAUUGCUGUGUAUUUGGGAGUUCACUAGAGUUGAUUCUGCCGGAUGCGUCGUUUUUGCUGUUGCGAUAUUGGCCAUAUUCUUGAUUUUGAUGGUAUAUGCAGCUGUUAUGAUAUUGAUCUCUGGCUCAAGAUCAACAAGGAAGUUCAAAAACCCGGCGUAUCUGCUGUUUGGAGACGAAAAGAUUCUGAACAAAUUUGGAUUUCUGUACGCUCAGUACAAGGCUAACAAUUAUUACUGGGUUGCUGUCCAUCUAGUUUAUCUGUUUGUGAGGGCUUUAUUCAUUGCGGUGUUACAGAACCACGGGAAAGCCGUUGCUGUUAUUAUCUUUGCGAUGGAACUUUUCUACUGCAUUGGCUUGAUAGUCAAGAGGCCAUUCAUGGACAAAAGAACCAAUAUUUUCAACAUUUUCAUUGCCGUGAUCAACGUGAUCAAUUCUAUAUUCUACCUGUUUUUUUCGAACAUUUUCAAACAACCUGCUGCCGUUUCCUCUGUCGCUGCUGUUGUCUAUUUCAUUUUGAAUGCUAUUUUCGCUGCAAUUCUUUUGAUUUUCACGAUUGUCACAUGUACAUUGGCUCUCAUAAGGAAAAAUCCAGAUACUAGGUAUGAGCCUAUCAAGGAUGACAGGCUUGCCUUCAUACCAAAUGAAAGAGGCGAAGGAGGCAAAGUCGAAUAUGAGUUGGCUGCUCUUGGAGCCACAGCCAUGAGAGGCCAUGAUAGAAAUUCGUACCUUAUUGAGAACCUAUCAGGGAGCAAUGCGGGACUAGCACCAAGCCCAGAGCAGAAAAUGAGCGAUAGUACCAGCGGUAGCAGCGUGAAUCCGUUUUCUAACGCACAUGAAGACGAGAAUAGCAGAAACUCUUUUAUAUUCAAAGCGGCCGCUAACAACUCUGCCCACUCCUCUAUGGCUCAAACUAAAAACGAAGGAGGCAACUUCAACAUGGAUGCCGGGCAAGGUUAUACAAACUAUCGCCGAAGAGAUCUUCUUUAGAUAUUUUUUUUGUAACUAUAUAAAAAUCAGAUUAGCU